UCACUCUUUGAGACCAAAUCUCCUCUACAAACCACUGAGACUACAGCAAUAAUUAGUACCACUAAAACUGAAGAGACAACAAGACUUCCCCUUUCUACAAUUUCACAACCCGAAACCACAGCUGUAUCCACAAGAACCAUGGGAGAAACAUCCACCUCUCCGCUAGAGACAACUUCUGCAGCUGAAACUACAGCAAUACCUAGUACUACUACAAUAGAGGGGAUGACCUCACUACCUCUUUCUACAACACAACUUCUUAGGACCACAGAGGCAGCCACCUCUCCUAUUUCAGAGACCUCAACCGGUGCUCUGGAGACCUCUUCCCCAAAUGAGACUACAGCAGUAACUGGUACCACUGUAGUAGGCGAGACAACCACAAUUACUCUCCCUACUACUUCACCCCAUGGAAGUACAGCUAUAGCCACCUCUACUAUACCAGAGACCUCCAUCUCUCCCAUAGGGACCACGUCUGUAGCUAAGACUACAGCAAUAUCUAGUACCAGCACAGCAGAAGAGACAACCACGGUUCUCUUUCCUACUGCUUCACUACCUGGGACUAUGGCAUCAGCCACUUCAGUUAUUCAAAAGACUUCCACAGCUCUUCCAGAGACCACUUCCCUAGCGGAGACUGCAGCAACAACUAAUGCCACUACACUAGAAGAGACAACCACCGUUGCCUUUCCUACCACUUCUCUUCCUGAAAGCACCACAGUAGCCUCGUCUCUUAUUCCAGAGACCUCCACAGCUCCUUGGGAGUCCACUUCCCUGUCUGAGACUACAGCAAUAACUAGUACAACUAUAGUAGAAGAGACAACCACGAGGGGAGACAACUGCAGCCAUCUCUGUGACAACCACAACAUUGCUUUCACCUACCACAGCUGCUUUGACAACCACCUCUGCAACAGCAGAAACGUCUACAUCUCCUCUAGAGACCACUUUCCCAGCUGCGACUACAGCAACAACGAGUUCCAGCUUUGUAGAGGAGACAACCACAGCUUCACCUCCUACCACUGCACUACCUGGGAGCAUGGCUGUAGCUACUUCUACUAUUCUAGAGACCUCCACAGCUCCUGUAGAGACUACUUUCCAAGCUGCGACUACAGUAACAACGAGUUCCAGCUCCAUGGAGGAGACAACCACAGCUUCACCUCCUACCACUGCACUACCUGGGAGCAUGGCUGUAGCUACUUCUACUAUUCUAGAGACCUCCACAGCUCCUCUGUUUCACCAACCUCAACCCACACUCCAGCAAUUGAACAUUUCACAGUGAACUUCACCAUAACCAAUCUCAAAUAUGAUUCACAACUGGGAUCUCCUCAUUCUACCCGGUUCAAUGCUACUGAGAAAGUCUUGAUCUCCUUGCUCAACCCACUAUUUGGAAACAGCAGCAUCGGCCCAUCGUAUAUAAGAUGUGAAGUGACGGCUUACAGACCGGUGAGAGCUGGGAAUGACAUCGGUGUAGAUGCCGUCUGCACCUACAGGCACGAAUCCACGGCUCCCCCGUUUGACAGAGUGGGUGUUUACCAUGAAAUCCGCAACAAGACAAAUGGCAUCACCCAGCUGGGCCCCUACACUCUGGACAAGGACAGUCUCUAUGUCAAUGGUUAUAACGAAGCACCAGCUCUGCCAACAGCUGUUUCGCCAACCUCAACCCCCACUCCAGCAAUUGAACAUUUCACAGUGAACUUCACCAUAACCAAUCUCAAAUAUGAUUCACAACUGGGAUCUCCUCAUUCUACCCGGUUCAAUGCUACUGAGAAAGUCUUGAUCUCUUUGCUCAACCCACUAUUUGGAAACAGCAGCAUCGGCCCAUCGUAUAUAAGAUGUGAAGUGACGGCUUACAGACCGGUGAGAGCUGGGAAUGACAUCGGUGUAGAUGCCGUCUGCACCUACAGGCGCGACUCCACGGCUCCCCCGUUUGACAGAGUGGGUGUUUACCAUGAAAUCCGCAGCAAGACAAAUGGCAUCACCAAGCUGGGCCCCUACACCCUGGACAAGGACAGCCUCUUUGUCAAUGGUUAUAACGAAGCACCAGCUCUGCCAACUGUUUUGCCAACCUCAACCCCCGCUCCAGCAAUUGAACAUUUCACAGUGAACUUCACUAUAACCAAUCUCAAAUAUGAUUCACAACUGGGAUCUCCUCAUUCCACCCGGUUCAAUGCUACAGAGAAAGUCUUGAUCUCUUUGCUCAACCCAAUAUUUGGAAACAGCAGCAUCAGCCCAUCUUAUAUACGAUGUGAAGUGAUGGCUUACAGAUCGGUGAGAGCUGGGAAUGACACUGGUGUAGAUGCCGUCUGCACCUACAGGCGCGACUCCACUGCUCCCCCGUUUGACAGAGUGAGGGUUUACCGUGAAGUGAGGAACAAGACAAAUGGCAUCACCAAACUGGGCCCCUACAUCCUGGACAAGAACAGCCUCUAUGUCAAUGGUUAUAACGAAGCACCAGCUCUGCCAACGGUUUUGCCAACCUCAACCCCCGCUCCAUCAAUUGAACAUUUCACAGUGAACUUCACCAUAACCAAUCUCAAAUAUGAUUCACCGCUGGGAACUCCUCAUUCUACCCGGUUCAAUGCUACUGAGAAAGUCUUGAUCUCCUUGCUCAACCCAAUAUUUGAGAACAGCAGCAUCGGCCCAUCUUAUAUAAGAUGUGAAGUGACAGCUUACAGACCGGUGAGAGCUGGGAAUGACACUGGUGUAGAUGCCGUCUGCACCUACAGGCGCGACUCCACUGCUCCCCCGUUUGACAGAGUGGGUGUUUACCAUGAAAUCCGCAACAAGACAAAUGGCAUCACCAAGCUGGGUCCCUACACUCUGGACAAGGACAGUCUCUAUGUCAAUGGUUAUAACGAAGCACCAGCCCUGCCAACAAUUGAACAUUUCACAGUGAACUUCACCAUAACCAAUCUCAAAUAUGAUUCACAACUGGGAACUCCUCAUUCUACCCGGUUCAAUGCUACAGAGAAAGUCUUGAUCUCCUUGCUCAACCCAAUAUUUGGAAACAGCAGCAUCGGCCCAUCUUAUAUAAGAUGUGAAGUGACAGCUUACAGACCGGUGAGAGCUGGGAAUGACACUGGUGUAGAUGCCGUCUGCACCUACAGGCGCGACUCCAUUGCUCCCCCAUUUGACAGAGUGAGGGUUUACCGUGAAGUGAGGAACAAGACAAAUGGCAUCACCAAGCUGGGCCCCUACAUCCUGGACAAGGACAGUCUCUAUGUCAAUGGUUAUAACGAAGCAAACCCUCCGCCAACUGUGAUGCCAACUACAAUUCCAGCUCCAACAGUUGACUAUUUCACAGUGAACUUCACCAUCACAAAUCUCCAAUACACAUUCCAAUUAGGAACCCCAAAUUCCGAUAAAUUCAAUGCUACAGAAAAAGUCCUGACCUCUUUGCUUGACCCAUUGUUCAAAAACAGCAGCAUUGGCCCCGUCUAUAUGGGAUGCAAAGUGAUGACUUAUAGGCCUGUGAAUAAUGGAGAUGACACCAGCGUAGAUGCCCUCUGCACCUACAGAACUGACUCUACCACAUCCAGGUUCGACAGAGUGAGGGUUUACCAUGAGCUGAGCAACAAAACAAGUGGAAUCACCAAGUUAGGACCCUACAGCCUGGAUGACAAGAGCCUUUAUGUUAAUGGUUACAAUGAAGCGCGUUCUGUGCCAACUACGAUGCCAACUGCAACCAGUGCUCCUGCUCCAACAGUCGAACAUUUCACAGUGAACUUCACCAUAACCAAUCUCCAGUACACUUCCCAACUAGGAACCCCCAAUUCCUUGAAAUUCAAUAAUACCGAGAAAGUGCUGACCUCUUUGCUUGACCCACUGCUCACAAACAGCAGCAUCGGCUCAGACUACAAAGGAUGCAAAGUGAUAGCUUAUAGCCCUGUGAAGAAUGGUGACGGCACACGCGUCGAUGCCCUCUGCACCUACCGAAAGGACUUCACCAGACCCAAGUUUGACAGAGCGAAGGUUUACCAUGAGCUGAGCAACAAAACAAGAGACAUCACUAAAUUAGGUCCUUACAACCUGGACAACAGCAGUCUCUACGUCAAUGAAUACAACGAAGCACUUCUUGGACCGACUCUGAGCCUAACUACCCCCCAGAGUCCAACAGCUGGGCAUUUCACACUGAACGUCACCUUAACCAACCUCCGCUACACCACAGACCUGGGGACACCGGGUUCCCGCAAAUUCAAUUCUACAGAGAAAACAAUACUCUAUUAUAUUGAGCCUCUGCUCAGAAACAGCAGCAUUGGCCCUAUCUACACUGGAUGCAAAGUGAUGGCAUUUAGGUCGGUGAAGAACAGGGAUGACACAGGAGUAGACGCCUUGUGCAGCUACAGGAAUGAGCCCACAGCUCCCAAGUUUGACAGAGUGAAGGUUUACCGUGAGCUGAGCAGCAUGACAAAGGACAUCACCAAGUUAGGGCAAUACAACCUGGAGAACAAGAGCCUCUAUGUCAAUGAAUACAACGAAGCACUUCUUGGACCGACUCUGAGCCUAACCACCCCCCAGAGUCCAACAGCUGGGCAUUUCACACUGAACAUCACCUUAACCAACCUCCGCUACACCACAGACCUGGGGACACCGGGUUCCCGCAAAUUCAAUUCUACAGAGAAAACAAUACUCUAUUAUAUUGAGCCUCUGCUCAGAAACAGCAGCAUUGGCCCUAUCUACACUGGAUGCAAAGUGAUGGCAUUUAGGUCGGUGAAGAACAGGGAUGACACAGGAGUAGACGCCUUGUGCAGCUACAGGAAUGAGCCCACAGCUCCCAAGUUUGACAGAGUGAAGGUUUAUCGUGAGCUGAGCAGCAUGACAAAGGACAUCACCAAGUUAGGGCAAUACAACCUGGAGAACAAGAGCCUCUAUGUCAAUGAAUACAACGAAGCACUUCUUGGACCGACUCUGAGCCUAACCACCCCCCAGAGUCCAGCAGCUGGGCAUUUCACACUGAACGUCACCUUAACCAACCUCCGCUACACCACAGACCUGGGGACACCGGGUUCCCACAAAUUCAAUUCUACAGAGAAAACAAUACUCUAUUAUAUUGAGCCUCUACUCAGAAACAGCAGCAUUGGCCCUAUCUACACUGGAUGCAAAGUGAUGGCAUUUAGGUCGGUGAAGAACAGGGAUGACACAGGAGUAGACGCCUUGUGCAGCUACAGGAAUGAGCCCACAGCUCCCAAGUUUGACAGAGUGAAGGUUUACCGUGAGCUGAGCAGCAUGACAAAGGACAUCACCAAGUUAGGGCAAUACAAGCUGGAGAACAAGAGCCUCUAUGUCAAUGAAUACAACGAAGCACUUCUUGGACCGACUCUGAGCCUAACCACCCCCCAGAGUCCAGCAGCUGGGCAUUUCACACUGAACGUCACCUUAACCAACCUCCGCUACACCACAGACCUGGGGACACCGGGUUCCCGCAAAUUCAAUUCUACAGAGAAAACAAUACUCUAUUAUAUUGAGCCUCUGCUCAGAAACAGCAGCAUUGGCCCUAUCUACACUGGAUGCAAAGUGAUGGCAUUUAGGUCUAUGAAUAAUAAGGACACCGGGAUCAAUGCAGUCUGCAGCUACAUGAACAACUCCACAGUCACCACGUUUGACAGAGUGAAGCUCUAUCAUGAGCUGAGCGGCAUGACAAAGGGCAUCACCACGCUAGGACCCUACACCCUGGAGAAGAACAGCCUUUAUGUGAAUGGUUUCCGCCUCUCAGACAUAGCUACUGCUACAGAACCUCCUUCCACAGUGGCUCCAGAGAAUGUGGGGUAUCUGCUCAACUUCAGAAUAAUCAAUGUAAACCUAACCAACCCAGACCCGAAGUCUUCGGCCUACCAAGCAUUACAGAAAGACAUUGCUGACAAGAUUAACCAGCUGUACAGAAAGAGUGACCUUCAAGGCGGAUUCCUGGUCUGCAGUGUCACAGGCUUGAGGAUUGGCUCUGUAGUGGUCGACUGCAACUGCUACUUCAAGCCAGCACCCAACCGCAGUGAGGAGACCGUUCUAAGCGCAUUUCAGAAUGGAACGAGGAAUGCAAGCGCACAAUGGCUGGGAGGCAGCUACCAGCUGCAGGGAGCCAGGGUGAAUGUUUUGGAGCCAGUUAUUAAGCCAGUGACUCAGCUGCCCGUCAGUGCUCAGCGAGAGACUUUCAGGUUAAACUUCACCAUCACUAACCUCUUCUACUCGUCCGAACUGAAACAACCCAGUUCAAAUCUUCAUCGACUGAACAAGCAGAUGAUUGAGAAAGCGCUUGACAAUAUUUUCAGAAAUAGCAGUGUCCAGAAGUACUUCGCUGGCUGUUCAGUUGAAAGCUUUAGGCCCAUCUCUGGGAAAACGUACACUGGUAUUAACGCCAUCUGCAAAUUUACGCUGGACAGCACCUCCAGGGCCUUUCAAAGAGAAGAAGUGUAUGAGGAGUUUAAACGUCUCACCAACGGAGGCACUCAGCUAGGGGACAGCUACACGCUAGACAAGGACAGCUUGCUUGUUAAUGAUUAUUCUCCUCUCAACACAAUGGCAGGAGAGCCUGGUAGAUCGGAGCUCCCAUUCUGGGCCAUAAUCCUCAUCUGCCUCUCGGCAUUGCUUGGCUUGAUUCUCCUCCUCCUCGUGUGUUUCUUGAUUGCCUUUUGUCUGAGAAGAAAGGGAGGCCUGUACGACGUCCAACAGAGCAUAUACGGGGUCUAUUUCCCACAUCUGGACAUGAGAAAAAUGCACUGACGAACGUAUUGCUGAGACGAACUCCUUGCACUCAGAAGUCUCUCUUCUCACUGACUCAUUCAUCCACCAAGAGAGAAAAAAUGUUUACAACUGCAGUAAAGAAUGUUCUAUUUUUCCCUUAGUAAAUUAUGAUUAGCCUGAGACACAUCUUUCCUUGUGGCCUUUAUACAGAAGAAAACCUUUGCACUGAUCCCAGCAAUUAUUUGUGGAAAACUGCCAGCAAUGAAGAUGUGUUGGGGAUAGAUAUUUAUUUUUGUAUGCACUGUGGGAUUUUGAGCAAAUGUUAUACAUCCAAAAAAAUAAAACAGAAAAUGAAGUGAAUGCUAGAUGUAUGCAGUCUACAGGGCUCCUCAGUGUUAUGCAGUUUUUCUGAAGGGGGAGACUAAAAUUAUGCUCAUUUAUGGUGUUUUAGUUACUGACUAUUGUAAAUGAACAAACCGAAGAAAAAAGCACUUUAAUUCUACUUUGGUUUUUUUCUGCUUUAUCAUUUAAAAAUUAUAUGUGUAUGUAUUUUAAACAAAUGAGAAAAAUAAUUUUAUAUUUUAAAUGAUGC